AUGAAGGCUGCCUCGAAACUGCAGGAGGGGCUUUCAUCAGAUUCACCAAAGGGAGCAGCAGCUCCAUUAACAGAGAACGGGACGACGACGAUGCCGGUGGAACGGCCGCCGUUGGCUCCAUGGGAAUCAGGCAGUGUGACGGAAGAUGAGGAAAACACGUCUUGGGCGAAAGUGUCUUUUAAGAACGAUGACGCACCUGUAGCGACUAUCCUGUUGGAGCGUCAGCCCACGGAUAUUGUGUUGCUCGUGAAGUUGCUGCACCAGACCAUUACAGUCAUUGACGACCAGCACACAGCUGCUGGAACAACGGUGGAAGUCAGGUUCACGACGCUCCCUGGGCUAAACUUCUUCAACGCCAGCCAUGGCCCGUUGGAGUUGACGUCUGGUGAGCGUGUGGAGCUGCUUCGGGCCAAACGACGUCUAUUUGCGCGCAUGGAAAGUGCGUCAAACCGAAUUCGUUUUGUCGCCGUUGUUUAUGGCGGUGCCAUUGAAGACUUUGGAGCGGAAUUGUUCCUGGCGUGCUCGCACCGGGAGUUGCUUGGCACCACUCAGGCUACUUUUGGGUUUCCGUCGAUUCCGCUUGGGGAUUUCCCCGCAGCAGCUACCGUGCGCCGGCUGGGUUAUUUUUUCGGUGCACAGCGCACUAUUGAGAUGGCACCAAAGUUCCAUGAUUACAGUGUGGAGAGCGUAAUGGGGGUUGGACUUCUCGACGGCAGUUCACCCCUAUCGGCUCCCUCGUUCCUGCUUCGUCUUGAGCGUGCCAUGCUUGCACUUCUUUCUCGGCCCACACAGAAAGGGUUGCUGCUUCGUAAGCUGUUCUUCACCAGAGGCUUUGAAACAUUCACGGUCAUGUUGAGUCCUAACCCACUCCUGAAAGCGUGGGGACGGUAUGCUAUGUCCGCUCUCUUGCAGAGAAGGAGCGCUACCAACGAUGUUGCGGCAAAGACGCAUGCACGGGAAACGGAGUCGGAGAGCAUCUUCAGUGAGGUGGUGCACACCACCCCCGCCAUUAACGCGGCCAAUGUGUACGCAUUGGGGCGUCAAAUGAAGCGCCGUGUGCUUCCCUUGCUGCCCAGCCGGCGUCUUGUGACCUUCCGUGCGGAGGAGAUGCAGAACUGGGAUGACAAAAUGGAGGCCUUGUCCUCCGCCAAGGAUGAUUGCGCGGCCGUCUUGCUGGACUGCUCACAGCGAUCCAUUGCGGCCACCGCACAGAUGGUGCAUGCGCGCCAAGACCUGUUGAGGCGUGCCAAUGUGGUUCUUAUUGGCGAAGAGCGUGUUGCCCGUCCGAUAGUCGCAAUGUUGCCAUGCACCGUUGUUGUGUCUUGUGCCUCGCCAUAUCGCGUCUCCGCGCUUGGAAAGCUGCAAGAAGUUCGCCUCUUCUCGCAGGAUAGCUGUCCUGCCGAGGCGUCUGACACCGCCCUCACUGCAGCGCUUACGUAUUUGCAGGCACAAGACAACCCGUAUGUGGUGUGCCGUGGAUCGUGUUCCAAGCGACUCGUUGCGGCUCUAGCGACAGAGGCCUGUCGACUCACUCAGCAGUGUGAUGUGGCGUGCAUUGAGCGCGUGGCCACGGAAGUGCUUGGACUCCUCGUGGGACCGUUUCAUCUGAUUGACCACUUUGGUCCGGCAACGGUUUGUCGAAUGCUGGACGAGACAAACAAUAUGAACGCACAGGGCAAUCCACUGUUGGUUGAUUGCCUUCCCGCUAUCGCUCAUCAUGCGCUGCAGGCCAUGAGUACCGACGGCUACUUGGGCGUUGAUUCACGUCGUGGGGGAUUUUUCUCGUAUCGUGCAGACGGUACAACGAUUGCACUCAAUGCCGAGGUGCCGCACCGGUACUUUUCUCGCCAUCUAUCCGACACUGAGGUGGCGGACCGACUGCUUGCGGUUGUGGUCAACGAGUGUUGCGAGAUGAUCCUCUCGGGUGCUGUGCGGAGUGCCACAGACGCAAACACCUUGACGAUCGCCGCGAUCGGUUUUCGUGAGACAACUGGCGGUGCCCUCGCGCUGGCUGACAGAGCCGGCAUUUCCGCACUUACGCAUAAGAUGGAGGAGCUGGCAAACUGGUACGGCCCACAUCUGCGUCCCUCGUCUCUGCUGUGGUGCAUGGCACACUCCAAAGUAUCGUUUGCUUCCUUGUCGGACGCUGUGGUGCAGUCCGCACGCAUGUGA